AUGAUGUUGAAAGUAAUGUUAAAAAAGCUCCUGUUCAUCAGUCCACGAUACUCUCACUUUCUGUUUGGCAUUCUUUGUGGGUGGAUUCUUUCACGAGUGGCGUACUUUUGGUCAACAACCGGGGGCACAUAUCUUGAAACUACCGGCUGGAUUACGGGCCGUAAUCGGUUAUCAAACCACCAAUCUGCUGUUAUCAACAUGACCGAAAGUGUACGCGUGCUGUGCUGGGUCAUGACCGCGCCUGCCAAUCAUCAGGAUAAAGUCGUCCACAUUAAAGCUACCUGGGGUGCGCGUUGCAACAAACUGCUGAUCAUGAGUUCCGUGGAAGAUGCCGAUAUUGGCAGCAUUGCGUUGCCCGUUGAGGAAGGUCGGGAGAACCUUUGGAAUAAGACGCGGGAAGCGUUCCGAUACAUUUACGAGCAUCACCUGGAGGAGUACGAUUGGUUCUUCAAGGCGGACGACGACACGUACGUGGUGGUGGAGAACCUGCGAUAUUUUCUCUAUCCGUAUUCACCGGAGCUGCCCAUCUACUUUGGCAGUAAGUUUCGCUAUCCGGAGUUCGUGAAGCAAGGUUAUUUUUCUGGUGGCGCUGGAUAUGUGCUAAGCAGGGAAGCAGUAAGACGCUUUUACGAACAGUCACUGCAGGAUGAGGAGCAUUGCUCAGCUGCGCUUCAGACUGAGGAUCUUGAGAUGGGCAAAUGUAUGGAGAGUGUGAAUGUAACGGCAGGCGAUUCGCGUGAUGAUUACGGCCGGAAGCGAUUCCUACCCCUAGAUCCCGUCUUACAUCUGACCGAUUCGUUGGCAGAAUAUCCUGACUUUUGGUACUACAAUUACUCGUACUACGAACCACUGUAUGGGAAGAGCUGCUGCUCGGAUCUUGCCAUCAGCUUUCAUUACAUAUCGGGCAAAACUAUGCACAUGAUGGACUAUCUGAUCUACGAUCUACAUGCGUGGGGUUCACACUAUCGCUCACCGCCACUGGCUAAACGGAAAACGCCGAAGGAAGCAAUGGUCGUUGCAGGACCGUAUCCCUUAAGUACUUUUCGUCCAGAAACAGAGACGAGCACGCAUGAACUAACCAAGGAAACGUCUCACACAGCAUCCUUCUCUGUUGAGUCAUAG